UCGGUCCGUUGUGCAGCUUUAUUUUCACGCGCUGGGUUGUUGCUCGGUGUCGAUUUUGCGCGUCAACAAUAAGAAGCACGCUGCUGGAGCGACGCGUUUGAAAUGAGCGCAUUUCACUCAAUGGGAUUUUAUAUUUAGCUCGGUGAGGGACGCGCUGGAGGAGCAGCGGGGCAGCGGGGAGAGGAGACCCCCCGAUCCCACUGGUGUCCAACAUUUUGAGCCUUUUCUCUGCGUCUGCAGACCCCAAAACUUGGCGUUCAUACCGCGCUGUGCGUUAUCAGGGUGUGUGUGUGUGUGUGCGCGCGCGCGUGUGUGUGUGCGAGAGAAAAGGGGGGAAUAGCGCAAAUUUAUCUCCAGCUCCAAAAAGGGGAGAAAGAUGAUGAUGAUGGCCGGUGGCGGCGGAGCAGCGGUGGACCACAACGGGAUUUACUCCGACCUCCACAGCCUCCAGCAACCCCUCAUGGAGCCCGAUAACCCGGACUCCCGCAAACGACCGCUGGAAACUCCGGCGGAGGAGGCCGGCUGCACCAAGCGGACCAACACCGGAGAGGAGGGCGAGUACUUCCUGAAGGUGCUGAUCCCCAGCUAUGCAGCCGGCUCUAUAAUUGGCAAGGGCGGCCAGACCAUCGUACAACUGCAGAAAGAGACGGGUGCCACCAUUAAGCUGUCCAAAUCCAAAGACUUCUACCCAGGAACAACAGAACGUGUCUGUCUGAUACAGGGUACAGUCGAAGCUCUCAAUGGUGUUCACAACUUCAUUGCGGAGAAAGUCCGUGAGAUGCCCCAGAGCGCCCAGAAACCUGAACCUGUCAGCAUACUGCAGCCACAGACCACUGUGAAUCCCGACCGCGUCAAACAGGCCAAAUUGAUUGUGCCCAAUAGCACAGCUGGGCUGAUCAUUGGCAAGGGUGGAGCCACAGUGAAAGCAGUGAUGGAGCAGUCAGGGGCUUGGGUGCAACUCUCCCAGAAGCCAGAGGGCAUCAACCUCCAGGAGCGAGUGGUAACCAUCAGUGGGGAGCCUGAACAGAACCGAAAGGCUGUGGAGAUCAUAGUGCAGAAGAUCCAGGAGGACCCUCAGAGCAGCAGCUGUCUCAACAUCAGCUAUUCUAACGUCUCGGGUCCAGUGGCCAACUCCAACCCCACUGGCUCCCCCUACGCCAACACGGCUGAGGUCCUGCCCAACGCGGCCGCAGCAGCUGCCACUGCCUCCAGUCUUCUGGGUCAGGCCGGCUUGACGGGAAUGGGUGCCUUCCCCGCCGCCAUGUCUAGCUUCUCUGGCAAUGACCUGUUGGCCAUCACCUCAGCCCUCAAUACAUUGGCCAGCUAUGGCUACAACACUAACACCCUUGGCCUAGGCCUCAACCCUGCAGCUGCCUCUGGGGUUCUUGCUGCAGUAGCAGCUAGUGCUAACCCAGCUGCUGCUGCUGCAGCUAACCUGCUGGCCUCCUAUGCUAGCGAUGCCUCCAGCAGUGGCCACCCUGCUGCAGGCCUUGGUGGGUUCUCCCUGGGUUCUCUAGCAGCUGCUACAGGGGCUUCCAAUGGUUACCUAAAUGCCUCUUCCCCGCUGAUGGCCUCCUCUCUACUGGCAACAGAGAAGCUGGGAGAUGGGGCCAAGGACGUGGUUGAGAUUGCUGUUCCUGAGAAUCUGGUUGGUGCAAUUUUGGGGAAAGGAGGGAAAACGCUGGUCGAGUACCAGGAGCUAACAGGAGCCCGAAUCCAGAUCUCCAAAAAGGGAGAGUUCAUUCCUGGUACUCGGAACCGUAAAGUUACCAUAACAGGGUCGCCAGCCGCUACACAAGCAGCGCAGUAUCUGAUCAGCCAGAGGAUCACGUACGAGCAGGGUGUGCGUGCUACCAACCCACAAAAGGUGGGCUAAAAGGAAAAAGAAGAGGAAAGAAGGAAAGGAUGAAGACAGAGAUAGAAGGGAAUUGAGAGGGCCACGAUGAAUAGAAAAAAGAAAUGUCCAAAUAUCUGUUCAAUAUUUCAGUAUCAAAUGAGAGAAUCACAAAGGAGGAGGUGGGGGAGACAACCAAGAUAAGUGUGUGUGAUAUGUGAAUGUGUUUUAAGGACUGACGUCCUGAUGUUUUUUAAAAGUUCGUGUCGAGUCCUUUUGAUGAUGGUGAUCAGAGUAAGCUGAACUGGUCCACUGCCAAGCUGCAGAUUCAAGGGUGAGGCCGCAGGGUUUCACCCUCCUCAAAAACCUCAUAGCUGUUUUAUUUUCCAUUUUUUGUUUGGUUUUGUUGGUUUUAAUUUCAGUUGCAAACCUCAGCUCCCGGCGAGUUGAGCGGGUCAGAUGAAGUUCCAGCUAAUAGAGCUGUUCUACAAACCUUGCUCUUUGUAUACAGUGCAGAAGGCAUUGUUAACAGGGGACAGGUUUUAUGACAAGCACCUGUCAUCUCAAUCUAUGGGGAAGCAAUCUGAGUAUAUUCAUGUCUACUUUCACAUAUGUUGAAUUCUGGCUCAUAUCAUGAUUGACGUUUCUAAAUUUGGGUAUUUUAUAUUUUCAUCCUUUAUUUAUUGACAUGGUCUCAUUCAAACACAAAUAGAUUAUUUAAACCUGUGAAUGCAGGUUGAUCUGAAUGUAAAAACAAUUUUAGCCUGAUGCUAUUUUUUAUUUACAGGGAUCAAACAUUGUGUUGCAGUGAAAGAAAUGUAUAACUCAAACCCAGGCUGAACUUCACUGUUGCUGUCUGCAAGAAUAGUUCAGGGGUUAAAUAAUCAAUGUGAGAGGAUAGAGGAGACACACAGGAAUGUAUAAAUAUAUUUUACAUGAACUUACAUAGAUAAUGCUCCCACAAAUGCACAAACACUGAAACAUAUUUGCAUAUUCAGCCACAGCUACAAACACAGAAAUGUGUUUGUUGUUUAACCCUUUCUUGGUGCUAUAGGAUUAGGUUUUUAUCUCCUUAAACAUGAACUCAAAAUCUCUCUGGCGACCAAUCUCUUUACUUGAUUAGACAAAUACGCUGAUGUAUCAUCCAGCCAUUAGUAGCCCAUUGGAUCUGACCCAGCCUCUCACCCAGUGAAAAAGAACUGAUUUCAGCGUUUCAUGAUGGAAAGCAAUCCAGUCUCCAUCUACACUCCCAAGGCAGGUCUUCUUUUUUCCAAAAAUUGGCCAUUCUCUAGAUUUUACCUGACAGUGUUUUGCCUCAGUCGCACAUUUGUAACCCAAGAGGAAUAACUUAAAGCUCAGUCUACCUUGAUGCAGUGUCUAACCAGUUUAGUUCACAAAGGGAACAAAGCACUACAAAAGCAUUUUGUUAAGAAAAGCUGUAUGAACCAAUAUCUGUGAACAAAGAAGCGAUUGCCUUUACAUUAAGGGUACCAAAUAGUCAAAAGACAUGAACUAAUGAAAGGGAAGUAGACUGACACUUGAAAAGAAGGUUUGGGCUCAUUUUUUCUUUGAGCCAUCCUUCCCAAUUUGCAUCAAGACAUAAAAAAACUACAACUGUAGUUCAUGCCUGUUAUCGUCCCCGAAACAUGUUAUCGCUCACUAACUUCAUGUGGCGCACAUAUUAAAACAUAGCAAAAUGUUGUGGCAUCAUUGUCUGUUAUUGGCAAUUGUUUGUCUAAUGCAGGGAGGCAAAUUAUCUAGAGCAUUUACAAGCACGCAAAGAUUACCUUGGCUUCCCUCUGUGCUGCUAUCCAUGGUGUUCAUCCUGAGUACACUGGGUCUCUGAAGACUGCACUGUGAGACAUUACGAACACAAUGUAAAGCGUGUCUGUCCCUGCAUGGGAUGUGAGUAUAUUUUAAUGUGCACAUCUGUGUCACAUACACAAGACGUACCUAUACUGACAAAAGGGAUAUCACCACAAGAGCAUUCUCACUCCGACGUCUUGUGAUGUUUUUGUUUACUAGUACUAACGCACUGCAUUUAAAUUCUGAUCAGAGAACCACAAAUUAGCCCCCAACCACAUUUUCAUGCACUGUUAUUCUCCAGCCCUAUUGCGUCCACUUCCGACACUGUAUCGAGACAUCUUUCAAUUCUCCCCAUCAACCCAAGCUCUAUGAUCAGCUUCCUGAGUACACGGCUGUGAGGGUUGGUGCUGAGUAGAGUCCAAGAAAAUCAGAACCACUCCCAUUUUUUGGAAAAUCUUAUGAAUAGCCUUGUCUCUUUUCAUUUUCACAAUUCAUGUUUGAAUUUAAAUGGAUUUGCAAGUGUUUGAAACCACUCUUUGUGUCUGAACAUUGUGCGUGGCAAUUGCAAAAGUAAGCCUUUCUUCCUAACUGAAAUCUUUCCUUUCACUUCAUGUCUAAAAGGCUUCACAGUCAUCCAUAACUACAAUGUGGCCACUAGAGAAAUCUUAGCGUAAGAUAACCUUUUACUGCCCAAGAUUUUAAGCAUAUAAUAGGAUACAAGCACAAAACAAGGGGGUGUUUUAUCAAUGCAACUGGACUGCUUGCCUGAUCAAUACUGAUCAAUACGUUGUGCCAAAUACUAUUUCUCUCUGCCCCUCAUUAGCUUUCCUCUUUCUCUCAACAUUUUAUUCCCCUGCAUGUUGCCGUUUCUCGCCGUUCUGAAAAUUCCUCCUGUGUCCUAAUCCCUGUCUGUGCUUCUUCCUACGCCGUGCUCUCCCCCUCUUUCUCCUUCCUCCUGUCUUGUCUUCUCAUGGGCGGUGUGUCGGGUGUGCUGCUGGUGGGAGUUAUGCACUAUAGGUCAUAAGGGUAUGAAAAUAUUUUCCCAGGCCGCAGGAGUUCACAAGGCUAAAAUGCACAGAAAACACCUGCCUCCAAAACUGUGACACCCACCAAACCAACCAGCAACAUUAGUAUCAAAUUCCCUCUAUAAGAAGAACAAGUAGGAUUUAGGAAGGUUUAGACUGUGAAUUAUGGCCUUUUAAGGAAAGAGAAAGUGUUGUUUUUUUUCCAGAAGAAGGUAAAUCUUGGUUGAAUAAAUAUUCAUAUGUUGGCUGAACAAACUGAGCUCAAGCCUCAGCCUCUAAACAAAGCAUAGAACGGACAGAAUGCAUUAGAUAGCGAGUGUAAGGUGGGAACUCGUUUGUGACCUCAAGCCGAAACAAUGACAUCCUUUAUGCAUAUCCUCUUAUCUGAAAAUGACUAGAAUCCAUUUCUGUGGAAUACAAUAUGUCAUGUCAUAUGAUCUAUAUGUACUUUAUUGUAGCUAUUCUAGUUUGUAGUCCAAAUGCAGUCCAGCGUUGUCGAUACAAUGUGAACUAUGUUAUAUUUGUGUGGAUGAUGAGAGUGCCAACUAAGCCUGAUUAAGAUUAGCUUCGCGAUUUGUUUGUGCAUUAUGAUGACUCAUCAUCAGCCGGUGGUGUCCAUAUUUCUGUCAUUGAUGAUUUAGUUUGACAGUAAGAAAAUGUAAAGAAUAUUGGAAGCAAUAUAGUAGCAUGUUGUCCUGUUUUGUGUUUUAUGUCUGUUGUAUGAACCUUUGAAAUUACUAAGAUUUUGAAUGAAUAGGUUUACAUGUACUUUUUGUAAGUUAUGAAAAUGCUGCUAUUUGAUAAGUAAACUAUACAAAAAUAUUUUAGUUGAAAAAAAUGUCUGGUCUGUUUAGAAACAUGCUCCACAAGGCUGGAGCAUAAAACGAGGUGUAUAGAAUACUAUACAGUAUUGGUAAGAUAGUAAAAGUAAUAAUAGACUCCAUAGUACAACCUGUGCCAAACUAGACCUCUGCAGCUUCUGAAAUUGUAGAUGUGCGAUCAAAUGUUAGAUAUCAAUAACUUGUUUAGAAGUGCUGAUCAAGUGCCAAUCAAACACUGUCUUUUAAGUUAAGAAAAGAUAAUCAAAUACAUUACUUAAGAAAACAAAGGACAAAGAACUUUUUGUGCAUUGUUUUAUCCCAUAGGUACAUAGACUAAGAGUUAAAGAUUGUGAUUUUUAUGGAUCCAUGUUGUUUUACACUCCAUGCAUCCCUUGUGUGUUUGUUUGACCUGUGGCUUAAGUACUGCUGUUUUCUCACAAAUGUCUCUAUAGGCCAGCAUGGACUAAGCAUAACAUGUUAUAAGCAUUCAUAACAUAACAUUAACAAUCAAAAAUGUGUUUGUGGAGUUAGGUGUUAUCUUUUUGCACGUCUUCUAUUGCAUGGUAUCAAAGUAAAUUAUGGAGGAAAAAAAUUACAAAAAUUUGCGAGGUGUUCUCGCAACAUUCAGACAUAACACUGCAUGCAGUCAAAUGUAAAGCACUUAAGUUUUUCUCGCCUCAUGUUU